AUGAAGAACCUUGGCGUCUUUGCACUUGCCGCUGGCAGUCUUCCCACUAUAUCGGCACAUUACUUCUUUCCUCACCUGAUUGUAAACAACAACUUUACUGGGUAUUUCGAAUAUGUUCGCGAGGACACCCAAGGCUACAUGUCCUUCAAGGACGGCUACAGCAGUACCGAUUUGCGAUGCAACGUUGGCUCCCAGGACUUUGCCAAUCAAACGGGGGUGUACAAGGUAAAGGCCGGCGACGAGCUCGGCUUCGGAACCGACUUCAACGCCCUGAUCCAGCACCCCGGUCCCAUGCAGGUCUACAUGUCCAAGGCGCCGGGCGAUGUGCGAGAAUACGACGGUUCCGGCGACUGGUUCAAGAUUUGGGAGUUGGGUCCUCAGCAAUUCUCAAGCGACGGCAUCGAAUGGGGCGUGACGGACAUUGGCAACUUUACAUUUACUCUUCCGGAAGAGACGCCAGCGGGACAAUACCUGCUCCGAAUCGAGCACAUUGCCGUUCAUGGCGCGGGUGACUAUGGCGGUGCUGAAUUUUACUUCAAUUGCGCUCAGAUCGAAGUCGAGAGCGAGAGCACAGCUAUCCCGUCCCCGGUUGUCCAGAUUCCCGGUCUCUAUACUGGGUACGAGCCGGGCAUUGAGUUUUACAUGUACAGACCAUGGAUUGUCAACUACACCAUGCCCGGACCUGUUCCAUGGCCAAAUGCUGUAGAUGCAAACGUCACGGCAUCUGGAGUGACCGUGGCCCCGACUGAUGCGACCUGGACUUUGCCUGCCGUUACCAACACCUUGAGCGCUACUACAUCUGCACAGUCCAUUCAGGAUACUUUGUCGGAAAUUGCAACAGCCACUUUUGCUAGUUCCGCGCCAACAACUUUGAUCUCGGCGGCUUCAACGCUGGAAACUGUCCUCGCUGUAUCAUCGCAGAGUGUAUCUGCUUCGUCGGCCGCCACGUCCCCUCUACCAACCAAGCUCACUUGCGGUUCGCACAAGCGUCGGAGCGCCUAA